GCCGUAAGAGCGCCACGAACGAGAGCGCGAGCCCGUACACAGCCGAGUGUCAAAUUGACAGCUGUUGCUCUGGCGUCUGCGUCGCGACCCCGGCUCGCACUUGGACAGCAAUUUCGACGAGUAAAUAUACGUGGUGCGGGAUGCACGCUAACGUGAAACGAGCUGUUAUCCUUCUAUUGGGUUUGUCGUUGUUCCUUGGUAACGCGACGGCGAUGUUAGAAAACACGAAUUGUAUGUCAUUACCUGACAGCGUCGGGCUAGUCGCAUCUUUGUCGAAUCAUAGCGAGAAUGACGCAUUUAAACAACGAAUAAAUUUAGCCCCAUUUAAUCGCUUGAAAAUCACUGUGACAGAUGUUCCAUCAGAUAUUUGGUUUAUUAUUUUACAAAUUCAUACAUUUCAAUAUAAUGCCACGUUAUCUUACGACAAAGAGCUACAUGGUAAAGUGUCGAACGGAAGUUUAUUCGGAUCGAACAUUGGUCUGUACUUAAAUACGCACAAUGCAACAGCUCCAAUAGAAGUAUUCUUAAAGCAUGACAACGUGAACGAUCUCGAUGCGUUGCUCGUGAUUGUCACAUACGGUCAAAAUGCGCCGAUACCGGGUGGAUGUAACAUGGAAUUCGAUAUCGAGGUAUCGCCAUAUCGAAAGCUCCAUACAGAAAACGAAAUAGUAACAGUAGACACGGAGCCAGCCUCGGUUCUCGUCUCUGACGGUUCACCGAUUUCCUGCGAAAAAAUUAGAUGCGAGGUGCAAUACAAGUUGUACCGUCUUUAUCUGCUUGGGCAGAACUUUACUCCUGAUGCAUAUUUCGACGCGAUCGCGAGUAUGCUGACCACGCAAGACAUUGCACAGAACGGUGACGAGAUAGGAGCAUCUACUUCGUGUUGUGUUGCGGAACGUUCCGACGGCAUCGGCACCGGCAUAGGAUCCAUUUAUGCCCUAGUUGCUAUUUAUGAAAAUUACUCCUCAGCUUAUGUCCCGAUCUUUACGUACGCUUGCAACCCUCAGCUCUGGCGGGAAAGUUAUCAAGUUUUAGGUAUGCGAGUAGAUGACACAGCCACAAAGUUUUUGGCACUGCUUCUGAUCCUAAAAUGUCUGUCAAUUAUUAUAGACCGUAAAUACGGUCGCAUAAGUCGUACUUUAAACUAUUGGGUGCUAUAUGGUAUCUGUGGAUACGCUUUAGCAAGAAUCAUUGAUUUCAGCCAUGGAAUCAGCAUCCUGAUAGGUUUGAUAUGUACUAUAAUUAAUAUGAUUGCCACGCCAUGCUGUGUUAGCUCAUUGAAGGACUUAUUGCGAUGUAGCCGAUGUACCAUGAAAUUGUUACGCAAUAUGACAUUCAUGUUGAUAUCCGCAGGCAUUACAUAUCAUUUCAUUCCAUCAGCAUAUUAUUAUAUGAUCGUAUACCUGGAUAAUGGUUCGUUCUCCGGUUCGUUCUGGCUUAUGGUCAUGAUCAUUAUACUUUUAAUAAUCAUAAUUCUGAUGACACUGACCUAUAUGGAACUAAAGUUUUCCCAUGCCAUAAAUGUUUUCAUUUAUAAUAAUUUGACCUGGCUUAUAUGGGUGUUUUCCAUCGGAACUUAUCUCGUAUUGGGCGGGUACAAUUACUAUAUCGAAAGUAGUAAUAGUACUAUCAUAAUGAGGAGGGUAACCAUACCUGGAUAUCAUUUAGCCUGCAUAUAUCCACUUCCAGUUUCACAUGUAACUUUGAUAUUGUUCUGCUUUAGUCCGACAAUAUUGCUAUUGACUUAUCAGUGUGCUCUUUUGCUGCCUACCAAUCAUAAGAAGAACAAGACGAAUAAGAGCAAGCCUAAGAAGGUUCAGCUUAAAUGUCAAGUUCAUAUCGUCAAGAUUACUUAAGUCUUUAAGAUUCAUUAGUUUACAGUUUCCAGAAUAAUUAUAUAAUUCUGUUUGUUAAAGAUUGAUUCAAGUCGCAAAAAUUUCAGUUGAUAACGUAUUUGUAUAAGUAUCCCUUAUAUAAAAAAGCGGUGUUAAAUCCAUAUUUAUCCAUCCAUUCCAUCCGUAUCUAAAAAAGGCAUGUAAAGUCAAUACUCGAAUCUAUCGAAGUUUAUUGUUGUCGAUUUUCCGCGAUGUCCACGAUGUUCUCUCGCUGCGCUUACUUCAUAAGCAGCUGUCUGUCAUCAUAUAUUUUGAUAGACAGCUUUUGUGUGUAUCAAGGAAUUAAUAGUGUAAUAGUAAUAGUGUAAUGUUAAAUCUAAAUAGCGCGAGCAAAACGCGUGUGUGUAAUGUGUAGUCUUUCUAAAAAAGGUAUGGAAAGUUUAUUGUUGUGUCUUCCGCGAUGGCAAGUAAAUCCAUUUUGAAUGUAAUGUGCUGUUUGUUUAAUCAGAGUGCGCGCGGUAGCGCCCGUAGAGUUCUAGUAGAUAUAAAAAUAUUAUACAAACCUGUUUUCCUUAUCGUGUUGCUCUAAAUAUUAAAAUAAAAUGUGAUAUUUUCUUUAAACAAGAUAUAAACGCUUAAUAAUGACGCAUAACAUUUAUAUUAUACUUUUGUAGAUAUGGAUCCUUAAUAUGUAAUUUUUUUUAUAUUUUUUACAUAAAAA